ACACAGAGAAGACAAGUAGUGAUUCUACAGCAUCUUACUAUGCUGAUGGACAGUGACUGUAAUGGGGUUUGUUGGGGGGCCUUGGUGAUGGGGGAGUCUAAUAAGCAUAAUGUUCUUCAUGUAAUUGUAGAUUAGUGAUACGAAAAGAAAAAACAGUGGGAAGAGGGAAUCUAGGAAGGCAAUAAGAAAAAAGUAUAGAAUAACCAAUUAGAAACUAAAACUUCGUAGAAUGUAAAUAUUGUGUGCAUUUGGGAUUUGAGGUAGUUAUUCAAGUAGAGUCAGAGAUUAAAUAAUUGGAUUCUAGAAUCUGUUUCAAGGGGAAAAUCUGAAGUCAUCCUCAGACUUAGAAAACACUAAGAGGAAGCAUGAUAGUUGUUUUUGAUAUCUCAAGCUCUCAAUUAAAAGGGAGUGUUUCAUGUUCUUCCAAAGGGCAGAAGUUGCAGUGGGAAGAUUCUGAUUAUUAUUAAGGGAGAAUCACCACGUAAAAGCCAAUACCCCGAGUCUCCGUCAUGGAGAGCCAAAACAGUGCGUGAGCCCAGCCAGUGCCCACAGUGGAGAAACUCACGGCUUUGGGGUUGGCCUGGGUUGUGCUGCCAUCAUAGGCCUACAGAAAACCAGAGAGACUGAGGUUCUCUUAAAAAAUGGUGACUGAAUCUGGUUCAGGGAAUAUGUGACUUUUUUUUCUUAAUCCCACCUUAUUGGUAUGUAAACAGUAAUUUGGUUUAAGCAUUGCUGAUUCAUUCUGGACAUUCCUUCCAAUAUUUCAAUACAGACAUAGAGAUUAUGCAUUUUAUAUAACUGUCACUGUAAGAAUUACUCUAAGUCUCACUCACUUUUCCCACAAUAUAUCCCCUUUUCUCCUUGCCAUAGGAUAAAAAGAACAUGGGCUUUUUAAGUCCAGUAUGUGUUCUUUUCUUCUUUCUUGGAGUCAAAAUAUAUUGCCAAUAUGAAAGUCACCAGUGGGAUGAAGAUUACGACCAAGAGCCAGACGAUGUAUAUCAACCAGAAUUCCAAUUUCAUCAAAAUGUAGACCUAGACUAUGGAGCUCCUUUUCAUCAGUAUAUGCUAGGCUGUGCUUCCGAAUGCUUCUGUCCACCUAGCUUCCCCUUGUCAAUGUACUGUGAUAAUCGCAAACUCAAGACUGUCCCAAACAUCCCAGCACACAUUCAGCAGGUCUAUCUUCAGUGCAAUGAAAUUGAAGCCGUGCCUGCAGAUUCAUUCACAAAUGCGACUUAUCUUAAAGAAAUCAACCUCAGCCACAACAGAAUUAAAUCGCAGAAGAUUGAUCAUGGUGCGUUUGCUAAGCUGUCAAACCUAUUGCAGCUUCACCUACAGCAUAAUGAUUUAGUAGAAUUUCCGUUUCCUCUUCCUAAGUCUUUGGAAAGACUUCUCCUUGGUCACAAUGAGAUCUCCAGACUGCAGACAAAUGCCUUGGAUAGGCUCAUAAACUUGACUAUGCUCGAUCUCUGCUAUAAUCAUAUUGAUGACUCUAUGUUACAAGGAAAAAUCCUUGCCAAAAUGGAAAAAUUAAUGCAACUCAACCUAUGUAACAACAGGUUAGAAUCAAUGCCUUCUGGUUUGCCUUCUUCACUUAUGUAUCUGUCUUUAGAGAAUAAUUCAAUUUCUUCUAUACCAGAAAAUUACUUCAACAGACUUCCAAACCUUCAUGCUCUAAGAAUGUCACACAACAAACUACAAGAUGUCCCACACAAUAUGUUUAAUCUGUCCAGCCUCAUACAGCUCAACAUUGGGCACAACAAACUGAAGCGAGCAUUUUAUAUCCCAAGAAAUUUAGAGCACCUAUACAUAGAAAAUAAUGAAAUUGAAAGUAUCAAUGUUACAGUGAUGUGUCCUUCUGUUGACCCACUACAUUACAACCAUUUAACCUACAUUCGUGUGGACCAAAAUAAGCUAAAAGAGCCAAUAAGCUCAUACAUUUUACUCUGCUUCCCGCAUAUCCGCAGUAUCUAUUAUGGUGAACAACGAAGCACCAAUGGUCAGACAAUACAACUGAAGACCCAAGUCUUUGGAAGAUUUCAAGAUGAUGCUGACAGUGACGAUGAUGAUGACCACGAAGGCCCAGAACGUGGAGUGGUAGAAGGAGACGUGGAGCCCCACUAUCAUGGAGGGCAAGAGUGGCAAACUAUCUAGGAAUACAUUUAUACUCCACAAAAUAUUGCUCAAUAUAAAUCUAAGCAUGCAUAGCUCACAGUAAUACACCUAGAAUAAUAAAUUAGUGUAAGAUGAAACUGAAUGUAAGUUGUUGCUAACAGUGCAUCAGCUCAUUUUAUUAAAAAUAUAAUUAGUAUGGUAAGUGGGAAUAAAAAACUAAACUUUAAACACAAAAAUAUUAUCAUGUUGAGAAAAAAAGUAUGCCAUUUCUAUUAACAGUAAUUUUCCUAAGAAUGACGGAAAAAGCAUUACAGAAGCUGAGACCUGUAGGCCAUUCACUCUCAGUCACCAGGAGGACAGUGUUAAAUGCCAGGUGGCUGCAGCAUGGAAUGGGCAGCCAUCCACGUAAGGAGUGAUUAUUUUCUUUGACCCAACCUUUAAAAAAGUUUUCACACUUGUACUAGAGAUCUCCAUGACAUCUCCAACCCCACUCCACCCUUUUGAGCGAUGGAUGAUAUUUUUGAUUUUCAAAAGAGGCUAUCCUACUGUUAGGCAGGAAAAUAGAUACGAGUGGGAUGGAAAGAGAAAAAGGCCAGAAAGUCCACUAAAAGGUCCCAAAAUUAAUCAAUUAAAGCUCAAAAGGCCAAGAGCAACUUGGCCUGGAAUGUUUGAAUGUUCCCCAGAUAAAGGAGGGUACCUCAACACAGCCCAUGUCUUUAUUGUUAAUCAUGCAGGCCCAGCUUACUUCUUUACCUUUAUUUACUUACAUGCUGUUUUUUUCUCCUUCCAGACCUAAUUAAGUAGUUUGUAACCUAGGCAACUAAUUUAGCUUGCAGGCCCAGCUGUAAACAACACAGUAAAAGGCAGGAAAGAUUCCAUCUUAAAGACUGUAUUUUAAUACCCAUGAACUUAAAAAUGUAAGAUUAAUUUACUCUUUAGCAAACAGACAAUAGCUCAGCCCACCCUGGGGGCUGGGCGGGCAGGCUGUGUGAUCUGCUCCCAGACCAGGACUCUGGUAUCCCGGGGAAAAUCAGAGCAGGAAGUUCCUUGUGUUAAGUUAAUUCUGAGUAUUCAAAAGAGCACUUAACAAGUGUGCAUCCCCAUCCUUUAGUCACAUUCCUAAAGAAUCCUUAAAAAGGGGAACCCCCGGCCUUUCGGGACGUCCCUCUCUCUGGGGUCGCCUGCACAUUCUAGGUGCAUAUCUUUUUAAUUUUUUCCCAACCUUUCUGGGGUGCCUCUUCUCUAGGGCAGCCCACCCUUUCCUUUCUCCAACUGUGCUCCUUUUGCCUUAAAUAAACUUCUCACUUAAACACAUUGUCUCUGUGCCAUUCCAGUAGUACGUGUUUUAUUACUUUGCUUUGUCAUUCUAAUCAUCCCAAUUCUGGCUUUAACCUUCACUCUGUCCUAUCUCAGACAAGUAAUGAGAGGCUGCUGAGAGCUCAGACCUGGGCUUGCAAAUUACGGUUGCCACCCUGGCGGGGAACUGCAUCUUACAGUCAUGCUCUUUAGUGACCUGCCUGAAAGUCUCCCUUCUUUACCUAUAGGAAGUUCACAGGACAUAAUCUCACUCCACCUAGUGCUCUGGGCACUUCCCCAAAGCCUAGGGUGGUAGGGACUCAGUUCCCACGCUGUGCAGAUCCUAGCAGAGGCUGGACGCCAGGUGACCCUGGCUUAAGGAGUUAGCAGGGGUUGUACCCCAUGCUGAGUAGCUGUUCAAUGAACUUCAUUAUUCUAUUCUGUCAUUCCCUAACACUCUUACUUUAAUGAAUUCCUUCCUCACUUUGUCCUCUGACUUCCCUGCUUCACCAAACCAAACCCUCCCUAACAUACUUUGGUGCUGUGCCUAGGAUGGAUUUCCAUCCCUGGUAAUCAGAACCACCCUAACACUACUAAGGAUCCAAGGCUUAUAGAUUCAUGAAAUGUCUUGUCUCUCAGAGCACCAAAACAAUGAAAUUUUAAGCCCUGUAUUUUGGUAACCAGAAAACACCAAAUUAUCUCAUCACAACUGUAUUUUAGCAAAUCUCAGCAAUUGUUUAAAACAAUCUUUACUGUUCCAUUUUAACUGGGAUCAUGUGUUUAUAGUAAAUUUCUGAGAGAAAAGUUUCUUUUUUUAGUUACAUAAAGAUUUGCUAAUAAAUAACUGCUUUGUUCAUAAGGUUAAGUUAAUUUAGCACAAGGAAGUACAUCAACACUAUUAAACACUUCUAUUUUCCUAGCAAAAUAAAUUAGAAACCUAUAUGAGU